AUGGGCAACCUGGCGUCGACGUUUUGGAACCAAGGCCGAUGGAAGGAGGCCGAGUCGCUGGAGGUACAAGUGAUGGAGACGAGAAAGAAGGUGCAGGGCGAGGAGCAUCCCUCGACGCUGACCAGCAUGGGCAACCUGGCGUCGACGUACAGCAACCAAGGCCGAUGGAAGGAGGCCGAGUCGCUGGAGGUACAAGUGAUGGAGACGAGAAAGAGGGUACUGGGCGAGGAGCAUCCCUCGACGCUGACCAGCAUGGCCAACCUGGCGUCGACGUACAGGAACCAAGGCCGAUGGAAGGAGGCCGAGUCGCUGUUGGUACAAGUGAUGGAGACAAGAAAGAGGCUGCUGGGCGAGGAGCAUCCCGACACGCUGACCAGCAUGGCCAACCUGGCGUCGACGUACAGGAACCAAGGCCGAUGGAAGGAGGCCGAGUCGCUGUUGGUACAAGUGAUGGAGACGUUCAAGAGGGUGCAGGGCGAGGAGCAUCCCUCGACGCUGACCAGCAUGGGCAACCUGGCGUCGACGAACCAAGGCCGAUGGAAGGAGGCCGAGUCGCUGUUGGUACAAGUGAUGGAGACAAGAAAGAGGCUGCUGGGCGAGGAGCAUCCCGACACGCUGACCAGCAUGGGCAACCUGGCGUCGACGUACAGGAACCAAGGCCGAUGGAAGGAGGCCGAGUCGCUGUUGGUACAAGUGAUGGAGACGUUCAAGAGGGUACUGGGCGAGGAGCAUCCCUCGACGCUGACCAGCAUGGGCAACCUGGCGUCGACGUACAGCAACCAAGGCCGAUGGAAGGAGGCCGAGUCGCUAGAGGUACAAGUGAUGGAGACGAGAAAGAGGGUACUGGGCGAGGAGCAUCCCUCGACGCUGACCAGCAUGGCCAACCUGGCGUCGACGUACAGGAACCAAGGCCGAUGGAAGGAGGCCGAGUCGCUGUUGGUACAAGUGAUGGAGACGAGAAAGAGGCAACCAAGGCCGAUGGAAGGAGGCCGAGUCGCUGGAGGUACAAGUGAUGGAGACGAGAAAGAGGCUGCUGGGCGAGGAGCAUCCCUCCACGCUGACCAGCAUGGGCAACCUGGCGUCGACGUUUUGGAACCAAGGCCGAUGGAAGGAGGCCGAGUCGCUGGAGAGACGAGAAAGAGGGUACUGGGCGAGGAGCAUCCCGACACGCUGACCAGCAUGGGCAACCUGGCGUCGACGUACAGCAACCAAGGCCGAUGGAAGGAGGCCGAGUCGCUGGAGGUACAAGUGAUGGAGACGAGAAAGAGGGUACUGGGCGAGGAGCAUCCCGACACGCUGACCAGCAUGGGCAACCUGGCGUCGACGUACAGCAACCAAGGCCGAUGGAAGGAGGCCGAGUCGCUGGAGGUACAAGUGAUGGAGACGAGAAAGAGGGUACUGGGCGAGGAGCAUCCCGACACGCUGACCAGCAUGGCCAACCUGGCGUCGACGUACAGCAACCAAGGCCGAUGGAAGGAGGCCGAGUCGCUAGAGGUACAAGUGAUGGAGACGAGAAAGAGGGUACUGGGCGAGGAGCAUUCCCGACACGCUGACCAGCAUGACCAACCUGGCGUCGACGUUUUGGAACCAAGGCCGAUGGAAGCAGGCCGAGUCGCUGGAGGUAUUAGGGUUAUUCCCCCAUCUUGUUCCUCUUUUUCAACGCGGAUCUGGUCCAGAGAAAGAUCGAUAGUCAACGGUGGUGCGAUAGCCUUUGUCGAUGACUUUACCACCUGGGUCACAGGACCGACGGCACAGAGCACACGCAAGGGCAUUGAAGCAAUCAUCGACCAAGCACUAGACUGGGAAAAGAGAAGCGGGGCGACAUUUGAAGCAGACAAGACGGCCGUCAUCCACUUUACCCGCAAGGCCUACAAAGCCAACUCCGAGACCUUUACCAUUAAGGGUCAAGAUGUUCAGCCGAAAAACCACGUCAAAAUUCUUAGAGUAGUCAUAGAUGCCAAGCUCAGGUAUAAGGAGCAUAUCGCAAGAGCGGCCUCCAAAGGGCUCAGCGCGGCGAUGGAGCUGAAACGGCUCAGUGGUCUGUCUCCGGCUACGGCGCGGCAGCUGUUCACUACCAUGGUCGCGCCAGUGGUGGACUACGCCUCCAGCGUCUGGAUGCACCAAUGCAAUUGGAAGACCACGCCAGCCAUACACAGGGUGCAGAGGGUCGCGGCGCAAGGGAUCAUAGGAACGUUCAGCACGGUAGCAACACGCGUAGCAGAAGCAGAAGCUCACAUCCCCACGGCUCAAGAUCGAUUCUGGAAGAUGGCGAUCAAGAUGUGGACGGACAUUCACACCCUACCAGAGACGAAUCCACUCCGCAACACCACUUCCCGGAUGCGCAAGUUCCGGAGAUCCUACCGCUCCCCUUUCUUUCAAGUAGCAGAUCUCCUCAAGGACGUCCCAUUGGACAGCCUCGAAACCAUCGCUCCCGUCGUAUUAGCGCCAUGGGAGAGGCGAGUCCGCACUACGGUUGACAGAACGGGCAUCCAGCAAAAAGAGACAGAGUGGGCGGUCCGGAUCGCCGUAAGCAGCUCCGCACGAAACAACAUGGUCGGGAUCGGAGGAGUCGUCCGUCUCCCGCUGCCGAUGCGAGAUGGCUCAAGGAACGAAGCCUUUAGUGUGACGCUGGGCUCCAGGUCGGAGCAAAACCCGUUCUCAGGCGAGCUUGCGGCUAUUGGGUACGCGUUGAGGUUGAUUCGAAAUAUCAGGUACCGAAAGAUCAUCCUUGCCACCAGCAACAAGGCAGCCGUGAUGGCCUUGGAACGACCACACCAGCAAUCAGGACAACAAUAUCUCUGUCAGGCGUACGAUGCGAUAAGUGCCUUACGCAAGGCGGGAAACACGAUAUCGGUCGUCUGGAUCCAAGCGGGUACCAAAAACGAGCUCCUGAACACAGCCAAAGCGAAAGCAAAGGAAGCAACACGGCAGGACGCUACGCCACAAACGCAGGAUCCUGCCAUGCGGUCAACAGCCCUCCGUAUCGCAUGGGCAAAGCGGGCACCGCCCACGUCCUUACCUGACAAAGUGGGCAGACAUUCCAAGAGAGUCGAUAUAGCGUUACCAGGGAAGCACACCCAACUAUUAUACGACCACCUGUCCCGAAGCGAGGCCGGCGUGCUUGCUCAGCUUAGAACAGGCAUGGCCAAGCUCAACACAUACCUGCAUCGCAUCAAAGCAGCACCGUCAGAUCAGUGUACGUGUGGACAAGCCAGAGAGACAGUGGACCACUUCCUCUUCCGAUGCAAGCAAUGGGAUCAACACCGUAGGGAGAUGCUGCAAUGUACGGAUGUCCACAGGGGGAACCUCUCCUUCUACCUGGGAGGAAAGUCGCCCUCGGAUGACAAGGGACUGGUCCCCCAACAUGCGGGCCGUGCGGGCGACGAUACGUUUUGCCAUUACCACAGGUCGUCUGAGGACAGAACAACAACAGAAUGA